GAGAAAGAGAGAGAGUGAGAGAGACAGAGAGAGAGAGAGAAAGAGAGAGACAGAGACUGGCGGAUUACACACAGCCCCAGACACGAGGCUUUGGAGGAUGCAGGAACAUGAACCAUUUACUGCUAAGACAGUCGGUUGAUUGACAAGCCCGUCGUCCAAUCAAAUCGUCGCCAUGAUCGCCACGGGCGGCUUGCUGCGUAUGAACCGGCGACAAGACUCCCAGCGAUCCAAGAACCACGCUGAGAACCAGAGGAAGAGGAAACAAGCAGAGAGGAAGAAGAGGAAUGAUGUGGUAGUGGUGAAGGGGAAACUCAACCUGUGGUCUCCAUCUGGGCUGGUAGCUGCGGUGGGGGUAGUGGUGUUGAUGGUUGGGAUAGCCAUGGCUGUACUCGGCUACUGGCCACAUGAAGGCCACAGCCAGGGGAAGGCAUCCGGGGUAUCACCAGGGGAGGAGCGGAGAGACAACGGCAGGAUGAGCUACUCCAAGAGCCCCCUGGUGUCUGUCACCUGGAGCGAUAAUAAGGACAACAACACAGCCAACCAGACUGUUGAGGAGUUGACCAACCAGACUGUUGGGGAGUUGACCAACCAGACUGUUGUUGGGAGUUGA